AUGCCUGUGUGGAAGCUCUCGGUGCAUGCUGUCCAGUGGCUGCGUUCAUCUGCACCUAAAGACCCUGUCCGCCCCCUCACUCCUACACGCGUAACGGUGAUGGACAAGGAAGGCAAUAUCCAAACCAUCAUUCCUCCUUGGGAACACAAAUUUGAUGGUGAAGGUGAAGGUGAUAUGCAAGACGUCAAAAUCCCUGAGCCCACUUAUAUCACUGGUCUUUCAUCCCCUGACAACACUUAUGUCAAUGCUCAUCCAUUCUGGCAAGAGCGUGUUCAACGACAAGCAAUCGCUGACGAUGAUAUGGCAUAUGUCGUCCAGCGAUACGGCUUAAACCUCCGAGCUGAGAAACUGGAGACAAAGCAACCUAGUGCUCGCCGCGGUAGUCAUGCCAAGAGACCAUCCAUCCGCGAACUCGAGAUUAGCCGUCCCAUCCCUGUUGCUUCAACGAUACGUCGUGCGAAUACGUUGGCUACAGGUCAAAUGGGUGCUCCUCACCGGUAUCAACACCAGCGUGGUGGUUCCAUCGACACCUAUCACCGCCAUUCUUUGCAAUUGUAUUCUCCUAAUGCAGCCCUGGAUGUUCCCGACGAUGUCGCCCCAAACCCUUUCCCAGCAACGAGGGUCAUUCACCCAAAUCCUCAGACCCGCGCUCUCGGUCUUGCAGCGAGGACUCUUGUUGGUACUAGCCGACCCAAAGCAACAGCAACCCGAGCCUACGUAGAUACCUCCAAGCCCCUUCCGUCGCCGCCCGUUGUAAUUGAAUCCGACGAAUCUCUCAAGUCAUCCGACCCAUCGUCCCUGUCCCAUAACUUUGUCAUGGCCAUGGCACAGCGUGUCAAGAUCUCUGCAUCAAGCGUUAAACCACUGAUAGUUUCCACUCCCAAGGCAACAAAAAGCCCGUCAAUUUACCACGACGAUGAUGACGAAUACUUGGAAUAA